AUGAGAAGUAUGCUUGAUGGAAGGCAGCUAAGAAGGGUUAAUCUUGGAAUAAUUAGCCCAAGAGAAAUUUAUCUGCGUACAACUGGGGAAGAGCAGAACAAUUUUUUAUUGAGCAUCGUACGAGUAUUUCUGUUGGUAACUCUUUACUAUUUUAUUGAAUGUUUGAAUCGUGUACGACCCUUACGCCAACCAGUGGAUUAUGACACCCCUAAUAUGAAUACGCAAAGAGAGGUGAAUGCUUCAAAACAAGUUCUUUUCACUUCAUCCCUAACAAGUGCUUAA